AUGCAGUGGCGCGAGGGACACCUGUCGGCGGCAUCGGACGUGGACACCGGCCGCACCGCUCGGCUCAUGUCCUACCGACUGGUGCACGCGCCAGUGGUCGACGCCUGCUGGCGCUUCUUCGACGCCCGCUUCGCCGGUCUUCGGUACGGUCCCGGCGUCGUGGCGAGGGUGCUAGCCGACCAGCUCCUCCUCGCGCCGCCUUCGUUGAUCGCCUUCUUCCUCUCGCAGAGCUACCUCGAGGGUGGGACGGCGGAGGCGGCCGCAGCACGGACGCGCGACGCCUUUUGGCCCACCUACGCGAUCUGCUUCCCGUUUUGGUGCUGUUGUCAUUCCGUCACCUUCUCGGGCAAGAUCCCCGUGCGGCACAGGAUGGCCUGGGCCAGCCUCUGCGCGGUGAUGUGGAACGCGCUGAUCUCGGAUCAGAACCAGAGGGCUGUCAGCAGAGAGGGAGCCAAGCGGGAAGGGUCCGUGCAGGGUGCCACAGAGCCGUCGGGAUAA